AUGAACAAGGUUCCUAAUCCCAGAGUGUUUUUUGAUAUAUCAAUAGCAGGAAGGAGAGCUGGAAGAAUGAUUUUCGAGCUUUUUAUGGAUAAAUUGCCUUACACAGCGGAAAACUUCAGAUGUUUAUGCACUGCUGUAUAUAGGGGAAACUGGACUAGGAUAUUAUCUCCGGCCAAGGUGGUACAAGAACACACCCAUACAUCGCAUUGUUACAGGAUUUGUGAGAUUAAUAACCUAAUUAAUCAAUUUAACAGAUGUGCCAAGGAGGUAAUUUUAAUACCGGGAACUCUUACGGAGGAGAAUCUAUUUAUGGACAAUAUAUGCGUGACGAGUCCUAUUCAUACCUGCACUCCAAAAGAGGUAAUUGUAACUAUCUAUCUAUCAUCAGGUGUCUUGGGAAUGUGUAAAACCAGAUUUAAAAAUUCAAAUUCAUCUCAAUUCUACAUCACGUUUAAGCCCUGCUCCUUUCUAGACAAUAAAAUGGUGGUAUUCGGCCACUUGGAGUAUGGAGAAGAUGUAUUGGAUAUGAUUGAAAAACAAGGAACAAUGGUUGGAAAAACGAAAAAGAAAGUUAACAUAUACAACUGCGGAGAAAUACCGAUUGAAACUAUAUAUGAUCCAAGGAUAAAAAAUGAAGUUACAGAGGCAAAAUAUAUCGCAAGAACAGAUAUAGAAAGACCAUUAUUUAAUGAAAAAAUGUAUAACCUAGAACAAUCAUACAAGACCAUAAUACCGGAAGAAGUAUACAAAAGAGCACAUUUUAACUUUUAA